GAGUUGAUGAUGAAUUAAUACUUGAAAAAGAAGUUUGUUGAGAAAUGAGAGUGAAUCGAGUAUACCACUUCCAGAAUACAAUGAAGGAAUUUAGAUUUAAUAUAUUCAGACAGAUUCAAGAUCUAAUAGGUUAACUUUGGGUCAAGUUGGGUUUCAAUAUAUUAAGGCCUAUUCUGGUAUGGAAUCGUCAAUCUUCUUAAAGUAUAACAAAAAGUUUAUAAUAUCUUCUUCUAAUUACACAAUAAAAAGUUCAUAAUAUCUUCUUCUAAUUACACAACAAGAGUUAGAUGCAUUUCCAUAUUAUUAGUUUAAUCUUAAAAUAUGCAUACGUUUAGAAAUAUCUAGCAUCACAGUAGAGCAUAAGAGGAAAAACCAGUGGCUCCAUCAUAAAAGUAUCUGUGCUACGUUACUUGCAGAAAAAGCUGAAAGAUGACAAAGAUUCAGGUAUUCAUAUAAAGAUUAAAGUUUAGGACAUUUGCAUAUAAUACUGUUAUUGUUCACCCUUUAAUUUUCGAUGACAAAAAUAUGAAUACCAUCCACUUUGCACUGAUUUAACAAAAAUCUGGAACUUCCUCAUAUGCUAUCUAAAAUUCUUUACAAGGAAUAAAACAAUGGCAUCAGUGACUAUGUAUGAAAAAUUUGCGGUGAUCGUUGAACUGCUAGAGCCACCAUAUAUUGCACCAUGAAAGCUACCAAGAGUGGAGAAGGCUGUCCUUAAUAAGAUGUUUCUGCUUAUCCAACAGGAAGACUGCUUUUCUAAGUCUGAAUCAACUAGAGAUAUAAGGUUACGAAUUGCAUUAUGUGAGGGGUUAAAAAAAAAAAAAAAAAUACUGGUUCAUCUAUGUCCUCUCUCUCCCACUCUCUCCCCUAAGUAGGGAUGGAAAUUGACACCAGGGUUUCAGUAGUUACAGAUACUCAGUUAAUGAGGAAUUUCUUAUUAGGACCAGAGAGGGGAAAAAUUCCAUACCUUCAGGUAUGCUAAGGCAAGGGCAGCAAAUAAAUUAAAUCUCUGGAGAGAAAAAUUAUUACAUUUCUUACCACCAUAUAUAAAGAUAUACAUUACUUAUAUGUGUGUGUGUGUAUAAAAUUAUAUGAAAAGUUGUCUUUUAUGUAGAUAGAAAUAUAUAUUUUACGUUAAAAUGAGAAUCAAAAUACAUUUUGUAUUUCUUUUUAAUUAAAUAGAUGAUAUGAUGAGAGGCAAGCAGAGACACUAACCGAAGGUAGGGGAUCCACCACCUUCCCUGCCUCUUUUACAAUGGGGAUAAGGUAGAGAUGGGGAGAGAAUGAUAGAGGCAAAAAGGGAAAGGAUAGCUAGCGGCCACCCACCGCCAUCCUGCACAUUGCCAUCCUAACCAAAUGUCUUCGAAACCUCAGGCAACAACAAUUUAACUUUUUGACGACGAAAAAAAAAAAAAAGAAGGUUAUUCAAGUUUCUUUAUAAAAAGAAUUUUCUUUUAUUCAAGAUUCUUGUCUUGAUAAUGCCUUUGCCAUGAAGGCAUUUUGCAUCAGCAAUCUUCACAAGCCCAGUAUCAGUAUCACAAGAUAUAACUUAAUAAGUUCACAGAGAACUAAAAAUCCAAAGAAAAUAACGCGAGAAAAUAUCUAAAGAUCUUGUCUCUAAUACCCGUUACAAGUUCCCUGUUUUAAUUUUCCAAGUACUCUCUUAUGAAUUGAAACUUAAGAAGAAAUGCAAUUUUCUACCUUAAAACCCAAGUUUUCAUCAAUGUUGUUAACCAUAAAUAAAUAAGAAAUGCAUCUCUUUUAAAUGAACCACAAGGUAUUGGUUAGACUUUAAAAAAAUCUGCUAAAUAAUUUUUUUUAAAAAAAAAAAAAAAAAAAAAGAAAAAAAGAAAAAAUCUUUGACUUAGACUGCAACCCUAUGAAUUGUCCUUGGAACUCUUUUAAGUUUCAGAAACGGCAAUCAUCCAACAAAUGGCACAUAUAGCAAGAGAUUGGUCUCAUUUUACCAUCCACAUGUACGGGUAUUUUAAAUAAAAUCAAUAUGUCAAGGCUGCUAAGUAGUUGCUAUUCUAAAAGGCUUAAGCUACUAAGAAAUGGAUUCAAUAAUAUUGCAACAAGCAAACGAAAAACUUACUAGCCGUCCCUUCACAAGUUGGCCCCACCCAUUAAUGAGAAUCAAAUCUGGAUCUUGCACAAGUAGAAUUGAGAAAACUACCUAAACCAUGAAUUGCCAGUAUUUAAACACAAGAGUAAACAAACUAUCACCUUGUGGAUGUCGAAUAAGAUGCUAAAAACCAUGACGCCUAGAAUCAUAAGUUGUAGGAAGUAGAUCCAACAAUCUACAGGAGACACAACUAAAACCACCAAAAAGAUCUCCAAUAUGAAGUUAGACAUACAAGCCAAAAAAUUUUACGAAGGCACUCACAAGAUAGACUUUCCCAAUUUUUAAAGUAUUGAAUCCACGCUUCAUAACGCCCACAAUAGCUUUUAAAAAAAAGAUGUUUUGACUUAUGUAACAUAUACAUACUCUUUCCAUAACUACUAUGCAAUUACUAACGUUUCUCCAAAAUAGGCUAACUGAUUGCUAUUAAUGUAAAGCAUUUAUAACAUUGUUUUUUACUUUCAAAAAUGGAAAACUUUUAUUAAGGCAUUCCACAACAAACUAAAAUGGAACUUCGGCCUGCUUGAUUUUCAUCCUAAGGUUAAAAGUAGCAUUCUUCUUAGGUUUACAAGACAAAUCAAAAGGAAAUGUAAAAUAUUAUCGAUGAAUCAACUCAUUUAAAACCAUAAAACAGAGAUUAAAAGAACAAAUUUAGUUUCCUUUAGAUGAAACUUUGGCAUUUCUAUGUGCUACCCCAGAUACACCUCAAAAAAAUAUUAUAAGAAAAAAUGUAAAAUUACUCAAAAUAACAAAAUGGUUAAACUAAAAUAACUCAAUCUUUUCAAUUUUUACCAUCACCAGAAAGCACUGCUGCAAAAAGUGGCCACCCUCAGCCCUUCUCACCAUAAACGUGUCAUAAAAAAGUUGCCACGCAUCAAUUUUUUCUUGUGAGCAUCUUUUCUUUUGCUUAUAACAACAGCAGCCUGACUACCUUGCAUCUCCAUCCCUCUCUGCCAUGAAAAUCAACCUAGUGACAAACUAGCAUCUUGCCUCACUCUAUUCUUACCAAAUUUCCAUUGUCUCCUCCCUGUCACGACAUAUAAGUUAGCAUAUCAACUCAUUUUUUUAACUCCUUAAGAGGAAUUAGAGGUGAGAUGGUUUUUCAAGAUUUUGCACGAUGAUUUUUUCCUAUUUAGCUGCUUUAGUGGUUUAUAUCUCUUAUCAUUAUAUGGCCAAUUCUAUCUCUGAUGGAUUAUUUGAGGCUAGAAAGCCUAAGCUUGCUAUCAAUUUACAACACUAAUUUUACUGAUUAUUUUUCAUUCAUAAUCUCAUCUUAAUCAUUUGUUAGACAUUCUUCUAAUAUUUCUAGCUGACCCAAAUUGUCGUAAUAAAAACUCCACCAGGUUCGCUACUAUUGUACAACUACAGAAUUUUCUUCUAGAAAGGUAUAUUGUUAUAAGUGAAUUAAUCUAAUUUUUAUGUUUUCUUAGUUUGCACUAAUUAAAAUCUAUGUUUUCUGUCAAUUUAGUGCGUUGCAUAUUUAGUUUGCCAUAUUUAAUUAUUCAUCAUUGCAAUUAUCAAAUGUCAACUCCUCGAAUUCUGUUUUGAUAUAAUGAAUUACCAAUAUGCACAUGCAUAAACAAAAUAAUUAUCUUGUUCCGUGUUUGGCCAUCUCUUUUGAGAUGAGAUUAAGCAAUUUAGUUAACCUAGAUGCAAGAAGAUAACCUAAAUGCAAAAAGAGUAAGGCUCAAAGGAUAGCUAGAGGGUCUAAGAUAUGAGCUUGUGCAUAUGGCUUCUCAAUAUAAAAUUCAGUUCAUUGAUGUGCAAGUUAAAAUUUCAUAGAUCUAAUAAAUUGUCCAAGAAUUCACAAUUGGCAUAGAGUUAACCAUUUGAUGAUCACUUGUUCACCAAAUGCAGGUUCAUUUCCAAGCAACUUUUCUUCUUCCAUAAAAUUAACCUAGAAACUCCUAUUUUUAAAUCAUUAUGUUCUAUAAUAUGCUCCAAAUGCUGACAAUUUAUUUUUCCUAACCAGCUAAUAUUGAAUAAGAUCAAUCCUCGCAUCCAACCAGAGAGAAUGGAAAAAUUUGGUGCCCGCAACAACAUAGGCAAACAAAGAAAAAGAAAGAAAACAUCUGAAGGGAUUGAUUACAUAAGCCACCUACCUGAGGAAAUUAUACUCCACGUUCUCUCAUUCUUACCAAUAAAAGAGUUGACUGUGGUCAGCCUCCUAUCAAACCUAUGGAAAUACAUGGUAGUGAGCCACUUGUCAAAAGUACCAUCAAGUUUAAAUCUUGAUGAACCAGAUAUGAUCAGAAAUUUCAUAACAAGAAGUAUUUAUCAACAAGAAUGUGCUGUUUAUCACAGAUCCUCUAGGCCUCCAAGGAGCUUACACCAUGUGGUACGCUUAGCAAGGAAGCACUACAUGGAUUUUGUAAAUCGUACUCUCUUGCUUCACUCUGGAUGCACCAUCAACGACCUGCAUUUUUGUUUCUGUUAUGAUGGCAGUGAUGGAUACAAAAAAAGGAUUAAUAGCUGGCUCCGUUUUGCCUUGACCAACAACAUUAAAGAGAUUGAACUAGAUUUCUCUGAAGGAGAACUACACAGAUCCAACGCCUUGGUUCAACCAUAUGAAUUUCCUCUAGGCUGUUUUUCACCCAGGAUGUUGAACACUUUGAUCCUGAAGUACUGUAAGCUCAGAGCACUUUGUUUUGGAGUUCUUCGAUCUCUUCAAAGGUUAUGUUUGCAGCAGGUAAAAAUCCUUAAAUGCUCAAUAGGUGAAAUAGUAUCCAAAUGUCCCAUUCUAGAAGAGGUGAGUCUAGAAUACUGCACCUUUCCUAAUGACUUUAUGGUGAACAAACGAGACAUGAAGAUCAAGAGAUUGUCAUUGAUUGAAUGCCAAACAGUAGACUGGCCCAUGUUUGCUAUAAAUAUAUCAGUUCCAGACCUGUCAAUGUUGACAAUAGUGGGAAGAUACCUCAUGACUUCAAGGAUUCGAAAAGCGGUGCAUCUUCUAGAUGUUAUAAUAGACAUCAACCAGUUAUAUGCGGACCAUGUACAAGGAGAUGCUCUAGGUUCACUGUUGAAUGGUUUGAGCCACAGCCAAACCCUUAUAUUAACCACUUGGUGCAUUCAGGUUCUGCCUACGGGAGAAAAUUUGCUACACCAAUUGCCAAUUCCACUCCAAAAUCUGAAGCACUUAAAAUUGGUGGUGGGCUUAGUGAAACAAGAACUCCCUGGAAUAUCUUGCCUAUUAAGAAGUUGCCCCAACUUGGAGAAUUUAACUCUAGAAAUGCAAGAACCUUUCAAUGUUGAUUGGGCAGAAUUUGAAGAAGACAUUCCAGACAUAUUGAACUUUGAAGAGCACAGUUACUGGGAACUGCAGAAUUUGCCAUUCAGUUGUCUGCAAAACUAUCUCAAGCAAAUAAAAAUAAGUGGGUUUACAGGAAGAACUAAUGAGAUGCAGAUGAUUCGCUUUUUACUGGAAAAUGCAGGAGUACUGGAAAAGAUGGAGAUCUACCAUAGCCCUCAACAAGAAAUUGAUUCUACAGGGUUCCAAGACAACUUACAUCAUCUGCUAAACUUACCAAGGGCAUCUCCUCGAGCACAAAUGGAAAUUUUCACAAAUUUCCAGUUCAACAAUAUGUGAUGUUCUUUAAAUUUUCUUGUCAUGUUUAAUACUUUCUGUUUUGUUCUUCUUUUGGUCGUUUUUAAAGUGUAAGUGUCAUCGUUCUAAUAUAUGAAAGUGUUUACUGAA